GACUACACGGUAGACAUGUGAGAGACGAGAGAGGAUCUUUAUACACUUUGAAGAAACUCAGAUCUCUACAUCAUCAUUCUCACUCAUAUACACUUUCUAUAUAUAUAUAGACGAGAACCGGAGAGGAAUUGAGAAGGAAAAGCCAAUUAAAGCAUAUAAGAAUGGUUUCGAGGGAACACAAGAGAGGCUCCUCUCUUCGUGAGAAGUUUCAUUUGCUUCGUUCAAUCACUAAUUCUCAUGCUGAGAGUGAAAGAUCGAUCAUAGUGGAUGCAUCAAAAUAUAUCAAAAAGCUUAAGCAAAAAGUCGAAAAACUCAACAAUGAGAACAUGUCUGAGCAAUCAUUCUGCGACCCUUCCGACUCAAAUCCUACGGUUACAGUGGAAACCCUAGAGAAGGGGUUCAUGAUAAAGGUAAUGUCAGAGAAGAAUGAGGAAGGCAUGUUGGUUUGUGUUCUUGAAACCUUUGAAGAUCUUGGACUUGAUGUUGUUGAAGCUAGGGCUUCAUGUACAGACACAUUUAGCUUGCGUGCCAUUGGUUCAUCACAUAAUGAUGAUGGAGACAGCAUGGAUGCUGAAGGAGUGAGACAGGCAGUGGCCGAAGCGAUUAGGACCUGGAGUGAUAGCCAUGCAUGAUCCAAAUAAAAGUAUUCAUUCGUAUCUAUAGAUAUUGGGUUGACUCUAGUAUACGACCCCAACUGUAGCACUUCUUCAAUAAACAUCAUAGACUUUUUGCCUUUUUUCUGAAUACCAUAAACUAUAUUUUUCUCCAUUAAACAUCAUAAACUAUAUAUUCUCUUCUAAUUACAACAUAACAAUUCUAAAUUAUGAUUAGACUUAGUAAACCGAUAAUCACGUUUUAAAAACCACGUUUACAUUAAGUGAACAAAAAAAAAACAGAAUCCACGAUCAGUUUUCUUCUUCUCCAUAUCAAAGUCCCAAAAUCUUAGGGUUCUCUCUUUCUCUCAAUUUAUCACAGCAACUACUCACUUCUCUUUCUCUCGAUUUUCCUGGUACGGUCUCUCUCUCCUUUCAUAGUUUCUCUCUC